AUGACCCUCGACGGCGUUGCUCCAGAGCGCUACCCGGUUGAUACCGAGUCGGGGUAUGAUGAGAAGAAAUUGGAUAAUGACCAGCCUCAAUAUGUCGAUGCUUUUGGUGACGAGUCCAAUGCGGAGGUCAAGUACAAGACUAUGGAGUGGUGGCAAACCGGAAUGUUCAUGAUUGCUGAAUCUGUCUCUUUGGGUGUCCUGUCUUUGCCAGCAACUCUUGCUGAGCUGGGCAUGGCACCGGCCUUGGUCCUGAUCAUUGGUCUCGGUCUUCUCGCUACUUAUACCGGAUACGUCAUUGGUCAAUUUCAUCAACGCUACCCUCACAUCCAGAACCUCGCGGAUGCCGGAGAUGUUCUGUUUGGGCCCAUUGGCCGUGAGGUCUUCGGAAUUGGUCAACUGUUGUUCUCCAUCUUCAUCAUGGGCAGUCACAUUCUGACUUUCAGUGUGAUGAUGAACACCAUUACUGACCACGGAACUUGCACCAUGGUUUUCACUGCUGUCGGCUUCGCCAUCUGUAUGGUCUGCUCAUUGCCCCGUACCAUGAAAAACAUGACCUAUAUCUCGUGUGCGUCUUUCGUCAGUAUCUUGACUGCUGUCAUUAUUACUAUGAUCGGCGUUGGUAUUCAAGGAAAGACUGCUCCCAUCACAGCAACCAUGGAUACAAACCUCUUCAAGGCUUUCACUGCUGUUACCAAUAUCGUGUUUGCUUACUGCGCCCACGUCGCUUUCUUUGGUCUCCUUGCGGAGAUGAGAGAGCCCCGCGAUUUCCCUAAGGCUCUGUACAUGCUGCAGACAUUCGAGAUUAUCUUCUACACUGUCGCUGCUGUUGUUAUCUAUAACUAUGCUGGCCAAGAGGUUACUUCGCCUGCAUUGGGCUCCGCUGGACCGGUGCUCAAGAAGGUUGCCUACGGAAUUGCCAUUCCUACAGUAUGUGAACUCCUAAAAUCCGGAUCACAAUUUUUCAUCAUAGCUAACAUGUUCCAGAUCGUGGGUGCCGGUGUUGUCAAUGGUCACAUUGGUCUAAAGUACAUUUACGUCCGUCUUUUCCGUGGAACUGAUCGUAUGCACCGCCGCGAUCUCACCUCCUACGGAUCCUGGGUCCUCAUCGGCUUGAUAUGCUGGAUUAUCGCUUGGAUUAUCGCCGAUGCCAUUCCUGUUUUCAGUGAUCUUCUGAGUCUGAUCAGCUCGCUUUUCGCUAGUUGGUUCAGUUACGGACUUGGUGGAGUUUACUGGUUGCAUAUUAACAAGGGCAAGUGGUUCUCUUCUCCUAGGAAGAUUGCUCUUACUAUCCUCAAUGUCUGCAUUGUUCUUAUUGGAGCUUGCAUGUGUGGUCUUGGCCUGUAUGUUUCUGGUAAGGCCAUUCAUGAUGAUGCUUCUAGCAACAGCUUUUCUUGCGCUAGCAACGCCAACGCAUAG